AUGAUCCAGACGGGCUCGUCCGCGGCAGCCGCGGAGUCCACGCGCGCAAGAGCUCCGCGGGAGUUCUUCUGCCCGCUGUCGGGGCGCGUCAUGCUGGACCCGGUCAUCGUCGCGUCGGGCUGCACCUACGAGCGCGCGCACAUCCUGCAGUGGCUGCGCGCGCCGGGUCCGCAGGCGGCAACCUGCCCCGCGACUGGCGCAGCGCUGCCCCACGCGCAGAUCGUGCCGAACAUAGCGCUAAAAGAGCUCAUCACCUCGUGGCUGGCGUCGCACGCCGCCAGCGGUAACACAACGAUUACUACUAGCAGCGCCACCGUUGCGCUAGUGACUAGCGCCUCGGGUCGCAGCAGCAGUUUCAGCAUCAGCGUCAGUCGCGGCGGGAACAGUCACGGCGCCGGCCAUGGCGCGAACAGCCCCGGCGGCCGGCGCGGCGUGAGCUUUCAAUCACCUCCCGCCUCUCUGGAAAAGUCCUCCACUGUUUCCUCUCCCCGCCGCUGCCCGUCUCCGUCGCUCCCCGAUUCACCCACCAGCUCCGCCGCUUCCCCCUCUCCAUCCCCCUCCUCCGCCUUCUCCCCCACAAUCCGCCCCGCGGGGGAUGCAGCGCCCACGCGCACCCCUUUUCCGCCUCUUCCUUUCCCGUCAAGGGCAACCGUAGCAUCUGCCGUUAAGCCUACCGCACCUCCGGCCGGACAGCCGUCAGCUGUCCGCCAGCCGUCCAAGCUACUGGCAAGAAGCAGCUCGUUGACCGCAAACGGGCCUGCGAGUUGUGCUCUGACGUCACCAGGCCGUGGGGGCAGCAGCGGCGGCGAGAGCAAAGGGAGUGCGUGCUUGCAGCAAUCAGCUGAGGACGCUGUGUCUCCUCAAGGUCCGCCGUCGCUGCUGCACGAAAGGAAGCACGAGGAAACCCAGAAGCAGCAACAACCACAGCUAUCGCAACAGCAGCAGGCGAAGAUGAGCAAUCAAAUCACCAGCUCUGAGGCAGCCACAAGCCAAGCCCCCACCGAGGGCGUUCCGGAGGACAAGGUCUCGUGCCAGUCCAAGCCUGCAGCUCGUGCUGCCGUUGUCAGCGCUCGUGGCACACCCGCUGUGCCUGCAGGCGGGCCUCGAGGCGGGCAGACAUCAAAGCAGGCGAGCACAACCGCACGCCAACCUCUGCGUCUUGCUGCUGCCGCUACUAACCAGCUCCAACCGGUGCGAUCAGAAGGCUGCCUGCCCUCCACGCAUCCUUCGAUAUCCGGCGUGCCAUGUGAAGGGGCGAGAGGGAGAGUACUUGCCGCAGCUCCUGCUGCCACCCGUGCUGCUGCUGCUACUCGUGGCCGCGCUGGCGGGCGGGGAGCGGGGCGUGGGCGUGGCAUGGGCAGUGGCGGCGGGUGCAAGUCCCACGUGCAGCUGUCGCUGCAGGUUGGAGCUCCCUCUCCGGGCGUGUGGAGCAUAGCAGGGGCAUCGCCUGGUGCUGACGGCGCUGCAAGCAGAGCCGGGAGUGGUGCUAACAUGGCAGCUCAGGCGGAUGCAGCAGCAAGUGCAGGCAGCAGCAGCAGCACCCCGCGCGCACAAGGACAAGCUGCUGCAAAAGCAGGAGAGGAGGAGAAAGGUGGCCCAAGGGAGGAGGAAGUGAGCGGGAAGAACGCAGAGGGUGGAUCGAAGGCUCCUCCAAAGGUGGAUGACUCGCAGGGGGUUUGCGUGACAGGUAGUAGUCAGAUGGUAGCUGCUGUGGAGAAGGCACAAGGGCAGGUGACUACGAGGCAGAUGGGAGGCCAGGCUGCUGUGCAGCCCGCAGCGUUACGGGCAGACAACAAGCAGCCGGCAGGGCAGCCGAACGGAUCGAAACAGCCCAAACAGUCGCAGCUACGUAAGGUAAUGCUAUCCAGCGGUUCACUUCAGCAGCAACAGCGGCCGCCGCCACCACUUGCCAGGCCUUCCUUUCUCCCGCCUCCACUCACCUGCCCCUCCCUCCCAUCCUCUGCCCCUCGCCCACCGCCGCUACACACUCGGUCUACCAGCAUCAGCACCCCGAUGAGCAUUCGCCCUCCUCUCUCUAAGGACCCUCUCUCUCCUUCUAUCAAAUACUCUCACUCCCUAUCCCUGUCCCUUUCCCCACCCGACAAGAAGCUUUCGCACUACCAGGCAGCGAACGAGAGCAGUUUUGGUGGCAGCGGCAGGGGAGUGCGGCCGCUGGUGCUGGGUAAAGCCGGCCUCACUGCUAAUGGCAAUCUGCAGAGUGGGAAGGGAGGAGGAGGAGGGGUGAACGAGGAGGUGGUGGUGGUGGAUUCUGAGCCGAUGCAGCAGGGGAAAAGGGCCGCCGUGAACACGGGACGAGGCGAUCAGGGAAGGGGUGUUGGUGGUGCAGCGUUUGUUGGCAGUGCUACAAACUUGGCCAGAGGAUCAUCAACAGCAGCAGCAACAGCAGCAGCAACAGCAACCGGAAACGGAGCGGGGAGAUUGCUAUCAGCCAGUACGAAAGUGACUCCAUCCCACUGCACCCCGCACAUGCUCAGCCGCAGCCUUUCUGCCCCUCUAUCCGCCCUGCGUGCCAUGCCCCCCAACGUCCCUCACCUGCACCCCUCCUGCCUGCCUCCAUCCACGUCCUCCGACUAUCUCCAGAACCAGCAGCACCACACUCACACCUACCGCAACAACCAGCACUCCAACCCACAGCAGCAGCAGCAGCAGCACCGGCGCUCCCCGUCUCAAGUCAUCGUGACGUCCACAUCGCCUGGUGCCAGGCCGCUCAGGCCGGGCGCACCCAGCCCCCGCAGCAACAUCCAGGCGAGCAAGGCAGGACGGGUAAGAGCGGGUGAGGGUGCGGGCAGCGUCAUGGAGCAGGGUGUGCUGAGUGUGCAGUGCAGGGCUGUGAGUGGGGGCGCGGGAGGAGGUGGGAGCGGGAUCGGCGACCGGGACGGGGGCGAGGGGGGUUCAGUGGAGAGGCCCAAGGGUGGAGGAGGAGGAGGAUCCCAGGCGAGGAUGCUGCGGUCUUCACGCUCCUCCAACGCCCUGCUGCCGUCCCCCACUCCCGCGUCUCUCCUGCACAAGCGCUGCAGCCUGCCCGCCAGGAGCAACUCACUGGUGAAGCCUCUCCCCGGACUGCUGGAGGGAGUGGGUGCUGUGAGGAAGGGCACUGGAGCAGGGAGGAAGGAGGGGGGAAAUGGUGGUGGUGCUGGCGGUGGUGAUGAUGGUGGAGUUGGUUUGGAAGGUGGUGGUGCUGAUCGUAGCAGCGGCGGCGGCGGCAACUGUGGAAAGGUGAAGCUAGGGGAGAAAGGUGAACUGGAGGCAGAGGGGGAGGGUGAAGGGGAGGAUACUGUGGGUGAGGAGAGGUUGGUGCAUGAUGGUGCACAGCAGCUGGUGGAUUUGCUUUGGUGUGGAGCCGUGCCCGCCCUGCUGUCACUGGCCAGGGGACACAGGGAGGCACUCAGGAAGCCGCACCCUCGCACAGUACAGAAUAUUUAUGAGAUGGCGGUUGAUGCGAGUGGAGAUGUGGGUGCUGAGGUGGGAGCAGCUGCCGAAAUGUCAGCAGAUAUUGCUCGCAUCCUGACAUACCUGGUGGGAGAUGUACCGUCGUGUGUUGAGGAUACGAUAUUACAUGGGGUGAUAGAGGCAGGCAUAGGUAUGCUUGGGAGCAGAGUGCAGGGUAUGGAUGCACAUGCAAUGGGCCUGUUGAAUUGCCUUUCACGCUGGCCACAUGGGCGAAAGGCGAUCGCUGACGUGGCAGGGAGUGCAGCAGCACUGGUGGAGGUGGUGGUGGGACCGUGUGUGCGGGCGAGAGGAGCAGCUGUGAAGGUGAUGAGGGAUCUUGUGGUCGGGGGAUUCUUGUCUGCUGUUGCUCUGGUGGGCGAGGAUGCAUUGCCACCACUAGCAAGGAUUACCCUUAGCGUGGGAGAGGGCCAUUCUGAUGAGGUGAUCAAGAAAGGGGUUGACGAGAGGGAGCUGGUAAAAAAUGCACGAGCCUUGCUUUUCUUGCUGAAGGAAUCUGUCUGGCAAGAAGGAAACCCUCCAGCUUCUCAGUCUUCUGUUGCUGCCUUGCCUGCUGUCGUCGUGCUCUUGGAAGAUGUGGAGAGUGGGGCUGCAUGCUGUACCGUGUGCAAUGAAGUAGCGGAAGUAGGAGAGGAGGUGGUGAGGCUGCCAUGCAGGCACCUGUACCAUGGGGCGUGCAUCAGGCAGUGGCUUGGCGUGCGGAACACGUGUCCCAUGUGCCGGUUUGAGCUGCCCACGGAUGACAUUGGGUAUGAGGCGAGGACCGGGCUGAUGACAGAACAACGAGCCCAGCGGCAGCAGGGAUAG